UCAAAUGUCUCUUCGGCUCAUGUCAAACAACAAAUAUAACGGAGCGUUUUCUGCUUAUUCUUGUGAAGCGGUGUUUUCGUGUUCUAAUUUGCUUUAUUGACAAACAAGAUUUCGUAAACAUAUUGGAAAGAUGGCAUCUGCAGUACAUUGUCAACUUUGGAUGGGCAGCUUAGAGUCCUAUAUGACUGAAAAUUUCAUAAUUGCUGCUUUUCGUAAAAUGGGUGAGGAGCCGACAACUGUGCGCCUGAUGCGCAACAAAUAUACUGGUGAGCCGGCAGGUUACUGUUUUGUCAACUUUGCCACGGACGAAAGCGCGUUGGAUGCAAUGCAUAAACUGAAUGGAAAGCCGAUUCCUGGUACUAAUCCAAUAGUACGCUUCCGUCUAAAUAGUGCAACAAAUUCAUAUAAGCUACCUGGUAACGAUCGCGAAUUCAGUGUGUGGGUUGGAGAUCUUAGUUCUGAUGUUGACGAUUAUAAGCUUUACAAAAUUUUCUCCACAAAAUAUACAUCAAUUAAAGCGGCUAAAGUUAUAUUAGAUAGUUCUGGUUUCUCAAAAGGUUACGGUUUUGUGCAUUUUGGUAUUGAAGAUGAACAAAAAUCUGCGCUGUAUGAAAUGAAUGGAUUUAUCGGCUUAGGUGCUAAACCAAUUAAAAUAUGUAAUGCUGUUCCUAAGCCAAAGAAUGAACUAGGUAUUGCCUUGGGUACAAAUAGUAACUAUGGUUAUGGUGGCACAGUUAGUGAGACAUUAUCCUCAGGCAGUACAGAUUAUUCUCCAUACUAUGACCCGAGUGCUGUUUAUUGGCAAGGUUAUAAUUCUUGGCAAAAUUUCUACGAAACAAAUUUAAGCGCAGAUGGUGCUGCAGCUUAUUUGCAACAUGCUAUUACUCAACCUCACUCGGACACUCAAACGUUGCAACAGCAUGCUGAGGCUUGGAGUGCUCAACGCAAUGCAAUGUAUGAACAACAGCAAGCUGCAGCCGCUGCAGUAGCAAGCUCAACAAACGGACGCGGGGAUGAAUAUACUCUGGUUGAAUACAAACAAGUAUUAGAUGUUGAUAAACUUAACCGUGAAGCUAUGGAAACCGAUUCUCAACUCUAUGAUGCAUUAGAAAGUUCAAAAUGGAUGGCUAUUGACCAACUGGAAACUUUUUAAAAGUACUAUGUUAAAACAGACUUGCUCAUCUCAUGUACAAAUUUCGUUUUUCAUAAUUUCCUUUUUUGUAAAGCAAAUUUUAAGAAUACAUUUAAGCUUUAAAUACUAAAUACUAUAAAGAAUGUUAUAUAUUUUUAUUUUCUUUAGUUUAUUAAUGUUUAAGGGGCAGACAGCGUCAAAUACUAA